UUACAUGGUAUUCUUGGACAUAUGAAUGAAUUGAUGAACUUUGCAAUCUCAGUUACCAAUCCAAUUUCAAAGUCAAGGAAAUCAAAAGUAGAAAAUAUUGGAAAUACAAAGAGAUCAUUUGUUUGUCCAUCGUACAAGUGUUCCGAUACAAUAGAACCCGGAUGUCGUAGAUCUGUGUACUACGUCAUCAAAGGGCAGAGAUGCAUGGGUUGUGACGUGGACGUUUGCAAAGUAAAGAAGCGCCGGGAAAACGCACGGAUUCCUCUUCAUCGGUCAAAUAUUAACGCGGAUAGAGCUAUCGAAGAAAGAAUCUCAGUGAAUCCGUUUAAUUUUGAAAAGAGAUGGCUCUUUAGCAGAAAUAGGAAGGGACCCGAACAGUUGGACCAUUCUAAUUCUUUUCAACCAAUGAUAACAGUUUCCAAUGUUGAUCGCCUGCCUCCAGGCUCAGAAAACAGCUGGAUUACGGGCUCACUGUUUUAAUGUAGCUACCGAAUUAAAAUAUGUAUAUAGUGAU